AGCCUACGUACAGUGCACUACAGCGUUGGUGGGUCGCUGAUGCACCUGAAUUUAAAAGGUCGAGACCAAGGACGGGAGGGAGAGGUCAGCUAGGGCUUAUCUUAUCGGCAGAUUGUCCGUCCGCUGCCUGGCCAGCAUUGACGACACCCUCACUCGCUUCCUUCCUCAUCGACCAUCUUGGAGACUUACAUUACUGCCAAGUAUUUACCGCAAAGUUCCGUCCCCAGAUUACUUAACCCGCCUCUCCUCUCGACCCGCGCUUGGCACACUCGGACUGACCAACGCCGAUGCUCCUGCACCCAAGUGACGCUCUCUCCGAUACCGAGGUCACGGCAAGAUGCGCGGCGCCCUCUGCGGGUUCUGCCUUAGGUAGUACGCUGGCCGAAAGCUGAACUAUCCAGCACUUCAGCUCGCCUGCAAUGGGCCAGGGAUUCUCCCUUGCGGCCCCUCCUGCGGGGGCCGCCGGCAUCGAUGUUCCCGAGCUCGCCGAUCUGGUCUACGAGAAGUCAAUGGGCACCGCGCGCUUCAUGAAGAGCAUCCGAGCGCGACAUCACGAUGGCGUCGUGCUGGCCAAAGUCUUCGUCAAGCCAUACCCUAUGUCUCUGGAGCAAUACAAGCAAGAGAUUAUCCGCGAGCGACGAGCACUAGCCGAUGUGCCAAACGCCCUGCCGUACCAGCGCGCCAUAGAGACCGAGACAAAUGGCUAUCUCGUCCGCCAAUACUUUCACAACUCGCUCUACGACCGGCUCAGCACCAGGCCGUUCCUGGAAGACGUGGAGAAGAAGUGGCUGGCGUUCCAACUCCUCUGCGCCCUGCGCGACUGCCAUGCCAAGGAAGUGUACCACGGCGAUAUCAAGACCGAGAACACGCUCGUGACGUCGUGGAACUGGCUCUACCUCUCCGACUUCUCGUCGUCGUUCAAACGCGUCAUGUUGCCCGAGGAUAACCCCGCUGAUUUCUCCUACUUCUUCGACACGUCAGGUCGGAGAACGUGCUAUCUUGCCCCCGAGCGGUUCUUGCCCCCGGAUCAAGAAGCGGAUCCGAAUGCCAAAGUGACGUGGGCCAUGGACGUCUUUAGCGCCGGUUGUGUCAUUGCUGAGCUGUUUCUUGAGACCCCGAUAUUCAACCUGAGCCAGCUUUACAGGUACCGCAAGGGCGAGUACGAUCCGGCCAUCUCUCAUUUGAGCCGCAUUCCGGACAAGGAUUUGCGAGAAAUGAUUGCUCAUAUGAUUCAGUUGGAUCCGCAAAAGCGAUACUCGGCCGAGCAGUAUCUGGACUUUUGGAAGGGAAAGGUGUUUCCGGGAUACUUCUACAGCUUCCUGCAUCAGUACAUGGAGCUCAUAACCGAACCCUUAUCUGGUCCAUAUCCUUCACCAGGCACCCCCAGGAAUGUCUCCGAGCCCGAUCAGCGGAUUGAACGGGUCUGGCUAGACUUUGACAAAAUCUCAUAUUUUCUCGGCUACCAGAAUGAUAAGGACGACGCCGGGAAGCAGCAAUUAUCACCAAGACUUGGACUAGGACACUUCCCUGUGCGCUUGAACAUACAGAACAACGAGCAUUACGUAUCCGGGGACAGACAGCCUUCUGCAGAUGACGGGACCCUCAUUUUCCUCACUCUUGUUGUCUCAUCCCUCCGCAAUACUGCACACGCGACCGCAAAGAUCAAAGCCUGCGACAUACUUCUUGCCUUUGCCGAGCGGCUGACGGACGAAGCCAAGCUUGACCGGGUGCUCCCCUACCUAAUGUCGUUACUCAACGACUCUUGCCCCAUGGUUGUUGUUUCCGCCGUCCGAGCCAUUACCCAGCUCGUCGAUCUUGUCAAGGUUAUCAGCCCCGUAAACUCGCAGAUUUUCCUCGACUACAUCAUGCCCAGGAUGGAGCUAGCAUUGGUGGGCGGGCGCGAGCUUCCCAGUCCAAUCGUCCGGGCGACGUAUGCGGCUAGCGUUGGAGUGCUUGCAACAACGGCGGAUCGCUUCCUAGCAAUGGCCGCGGCUCUCCGAGCUGACGGCUCGACUGCCCUUGCCGAUCCCGAAGUCGAACCGGGCGAGGAAGCCGAUGCCGCCUUCGACGACGUCUUUGAUAAUGCUCGUCGGGAGCUGACCGACCUGUUUGAAUCCCACACCAAGAUGCUCAUUGAGGACUCGGACCCGUUCGUCCGACGGGCGUUCCUUAGCUCAGUCCCUGAUUUGUGUAUAUUCUUUGGAGUUGCCCAGGCAAACGAUAUCAUCCUCACUCAUCUUAACACCUAUCUUAACGACCGUGACUGGAUGUUGAAAUGCGCCUUUUUUGAUACCAUCGUUGGCAUCUCGGCGUUUCUGGGCAGCAAUACCCUUGAGAAGUUCAUCCUGCCUCUCAUGGUUCAAGCAGUCACUGAUCCUGAGGAGCAUGUGGUGCAGGGCGCGCUGCACUCCCUGGCCGAGUUGGCAAACCUAGGUCUUCUGAUGAGUCAGACGUACCUCGAGCUUGUCGGCAUCGUUGGCCGCUUUACCAUGCACCCUAACAUCUGGGUUCGCGAGUCAGCAGUCGAGUUUCUCUCCGCGGGUAAGCAUUUUUUGAGUCCAGCUUACCUCCGAGUGAUGGUGCAACCGCAGCUGGCGCCCUAUCUCAAGCCACAUAGGUUACCGGACUUCUCCGAGCUUGGACUGCUUGACGAACUUAAGAAGCCUUUAUCCCGGUCAGUGUUCGACCAAGCCCUCUUAUGGGCCUCGAAGACCGACCGCGGAGAUUUCUGGAAACCAUUCAAGAGGCUUCGUGACGCUGUAUCGGCACCAGUCUCUUCCUCUCGGGUCCCUGGAGAUCAAGGAUUGACCAGGGGCUCCAGAAACGAGGAGGAUGAACAAUGGUUGAAUAAGUUGAGGAAUUUGGGACUUGCGUCAGAAGACGAACCAAAGCUACUUGCUCUCCGGGAGUUUAUUUGGCGCCUCAGCCAAAUCAAGGCAAGAGACUCUGCCGUGCAAGAGACGGUGAAUGCAACCGCCCUCAACAAUAUCAUUCCUCUUCGCAGCCUUGGUGUUACCCCUCAGACGGUUUUAUUCGAUGAGGAGCCAUACCGACAACCCAUAGCUGCCAUGGAUCAAGAAAGCAAUGCCCCCAGAACCAUUAGGGACGCUCUGCUCGAUGCAUCCAUGUCAAUCGAUGACCCCCUGGGCAAGAGGCGUCGUGCGGCCUUCAACACUCACCGGUCUCGGCCUAGCAAUAGAGAUAACAUGUCUCCUAUAUCUGUAGACAGCCGACGCCCGCUGGAGGAUGAAACUAAUCUCCAGCUGGUGAAAGGGAAGCAAGGAGAAAGCUCAAGGGAUACAUCUAGGCGGGCUUCCGUUGCGCAAGGGAAAACUGGCGCACUGUCGCCAAUGGACGACGACAGCUCGAUCCAAGACGCUCCUUAUUUGACACGAAAGAACCUGCGACAUCAGCCAAGCGCAAUGAGCCUUCUAAACCGCAAAGAUAGCGCAAAGUCUGGGCCUGAGACGAGCACAACCGAAACCAAUGCGUUUGGUGAGUUAGAGGGGCCGUUCAGCCAAGCACCGGCGCGCAAUGCUUCCUACCCCGAGGCGGGAUCUCCCCUGGCAUACGCCAACACACGAUUGCGGGCUAACCACACAUACACGGGCAACGAUCCUAACAUACUCAAGAUGCUGGACAACAUGUACAUUGAUAACUAUCCCCAUGACAUCCUUGAGUACGGGCCCUUGGUCACUCCCAUCACUCGCCGAAAGUCCAACAAGGCGUCUAUAUCCCAGCCGGGAGACGACGGCUGGAAGCCUUCGGGCAAGCUUGUGGCCACCUUCUCGGAACACCAUGGGGCGAUCAACCGAAUUGCUGUUUCUCCGGAUCACCAAUUCUUCCUUACGGGCGGUGACGAUGGUUGCGUCAAAGUUUGGGACACCGCAAGACUUGAGCGUAACAUCACCCACCGGUCCAGAUUAACGCACAGACACGCGCCAGGAGCCAGAGUUCUCGCGCUGUGCUUUAUCGAGAACACACACAGUUUCAUCAGCUGCGCAAGUGAUGGCAGUGUCCAUGUUGUCAAGGUCGAUACGGUCCUGAGCGGCAUUAACUUCCGGUACCCCAAGCUCCGCCUGCUGCGUGAGUACCAGCUCGUUGACGGCGAGUUCGCCGUGUGGUGCGAGCACUUCAAACAAGAGGCCAACUCGGUCUUGAUCCUCGCGACGAACAAGUCCGUCAUCCUGGGCAUCGACCUGCGGACCAUGACCCUCCUCUACAAGCUGGAAAACCCUGUGCACCACGGGACGCCGACCUGCUUCUGUGUCGAUCGCAAACGGAACUGGCUCUGCCUCGGCACGUCCCAUGGCGUCCUCGACUUGUGGGAUCUCCGCUUCAAAAUGCGCCUCAAGGGUUGGGGCGUCCCUGGCAAGGGAUCCAUCUACCGGCUCUGUAUCCACCCGACCAAGGGCAGGGGGAAGUGGGUCUGCGUGGCCGGCGGCACGGGACAGGGAGAAGUCACGGUGUGGGACCUCGAGCGCACGCUGUGCCGCGAGAUUUACCGCGUCGGCGGCAAUAAAGAAGGGCCCAAGGGGUACGAGGCGUGGGAGGUCGACGAGGACAAGCCCGAGGGCAUGCUCGGCCGGUUCGCGACAAACAUCGAGCCGUCGGUCAUGGGCAACGCCGAUCGCGGAGUGCGCGCCAUGUUGGUGGGCACGGGCGUCACCGAGGAGCAGCGCGAUGUGCGGCACGCCUACAUCAUCACGGCCGGAUCGGACAAGAAGCUCCGCUUCUGGGACCUCUCGCGCAUCGAAAACAGCCUCAUCUUUAGUGGUCUGCAGCCCGACGAGGGCAGGCCAACCUACACGGCUAGUCAUCCCACCACGUCCAUGACGCUGAAUACCGAGCGGCUGCCCAGGUCGGUGCCAUCUUCGACUUCUGCGGCACCGGCGGUGGGUACCGGGAAUGGAUCGGGCUCGCCGUCGUCCAGGGGGAGCAGGUCGAGCCGCCCGCCGAGGUCGACGGUUAUUUCGUUGCAGCAGCAGCAGCUCCUCAAGAGUCACCUGGAUGCGGUCAUGGAUGUGGCUGUUCUUGAGUCACCUUAUACAAUGACUGUGUCGGUGGAUCGGAGUGGAGUGGUGUUUGUUUUCCAGUGAUGUGGGGAUGGUCUGGUUGUCGGAUUCGAGCCUGGUGUUGGGUUGGGGUUGGGGUCUGGAUGGAAAGGCGCUCAGGUCUUGAUUUACCCACUGAGAUAGAUGUCUGGUAGCUUUUGAAAAUUGAUAUGGAGUAUUUGCG